AUGUCCAUCACUGACUCCUGCUGCACCUGUGCCACCCUUCUGACCGACGUGAAAGUGCCCUACGACCCCGAGUCCGAGAAACCAUUGCUCUACAAUCGUCGCCUGGAGUGUUGUUCCCGCCAGAUCUGCGCCACUUGUCAAUACAACAACCCCCGAUUUCAAUCCUACUGUCCGUUCUGCCAGAUAUCGUCGGGUCCAUCAGCGCUUCCGAAAGAUGGCCUCAGACUUCCUCCCUCCUACACAAAGACUUCUACUUCCCCGAAGCACGGCAGAGCGGAAUCGCCGCCACCCUCGUACGACGAUGCGAUGACACCGAGACGAGUGCCUGAUCAGAGUAUAGCGCCUCCCGAGAACACCGAUGACACCGUACAUUUUGUGGGCGCGGAAGACUCAUUACAAUCUCUGUCUCUGGCGUACAAUGUGCCCGUUCUAGUCCUCCGGCGGCAUAAUGGUCUUUACUCUGAUCAACUGCUUGCGGCCCGCAGGUGGAUCUUGAUCCCCAAGUCCCACUACACGGGGCCGCCUUUGUCGACCCCCCCGGACCCGGAAGAGGAAGAGCGUAAGACCAAAGUGCGGAGAUGGAUGGUUGCGACAAAAUGUCCAGACUACAAUGUCGCCUCCCUGUAUCUGAAGGGAACCGACUAUAACUUGGACUUGGCGGUCGAUGCCUUUAGAGCCGACGAGGAGUGGGAAAAGAACCAUCCCUUGCACGGGAAAGGGAAGGGUCGUGAUGGACAACGCCGUCGCUUCGGGAGAGGAGGUAGCCUUGCCGGACAAUUAUCAUGA